AUGAUGAAAAACAGAUUUGAACCAGUAGCAUGUCCUGUCUGCUCAAAAAACGUAUAUUUUGCAGAAGAAAUAAGGGCUAUGGGUCGUGCAUUUCAUAAACAAUGUUUCAAAUGCUGUCAGUGUUCUAAAGCUCUAGACAGUUUCACUGCAAAUGAUCAUAAGGGUUCUUUGUAUUGCAAAAGUUGCUAUACGAAGAACUAUGGGCCAAAUAGCUAUGGUUUUUCAACGAACGGCACACUAAUGAGAAGUAUUUAUGAUCUCCGAGAUUGUACUAAAAUGAAUGGUUAUUCACAUUUCCACAGUCCAAUAAUAAGUCAAUCACAAAAUUAUCAAUCCCAAGAUCGUUUAAAUAAUUUAGAGAAUAAUGGAAAUUAUAUACCACGAACUAAUCGAACUAGAUGGCCAAGUGGAAAUUAUGGAUUAAAUCGUUGUGCUAAUUGUCCUGAUAUUGUUUAUGCAAAUGAAAGAAUAGAUGCAGUUGGCAAAGUAUUUCAUCGUUUAUGCUUUAAAUGUACUGAUUGUCAACGUCUUCUUGAUAGAGGAACAGCAUGUGAUCAUAAUCGUGAAGUAUUUUGUCAUAAUUGUUAUAUUAAAAACUUUGGUCCUAAAGGUAUAAAAGCUGGUACAAAUCUACAUUGUGCUUGA